CAUAUUGCAUAUAAUUAUUAUUACGCUUGCGCACUUAAUAUCUUCUACUCCAAGUACAUCAUUUUAUAAUUUCCACUUUUGAGGUUAAUAAUUGAAGGGUUAAUUAUCACUGAAAAGUAUUUUAACAACUAAAAAUGAUUGGAAAGAGUAGUCUGCUUGUAAGACAAAUAGUUAGAAAUGCUUUUGUCAGGGCUGCUCAUGAUCACGGUGGUGUACCCGGAGCAAAUUUGCCUUUUGAUAUCAAUAAUCGUUUCAAAUUGACUGCCAUUAUGAUUGCAUUCUUUGGUUCAGCCUUUGGAGCUCCCUUCCUUAUUGUAAGAUACCAACUUACAAAGUUAUUGUAG